CGUUCUCUCAAGCUCGAGCUUUUCCCCACCGCCGGCGAGUCCUCGAACGACCGCAUCUCAAUCGCCGAUCGACUUGCCGACGUCCCGCGUCGCCACCGCUCGAUUCUCCACCGCUCGAGUUCCAGGUCCAGGUUGACAGAAGUUGCCUCUUCUGCAGUUAUGUACGUCAAUCCACGGCUGCAGCCUGGGGCACCUACGCCAUCGACACGUUCUCAGCCUAACCCGUUCGAAGAUGCUCUUUAUGGAGCUGGUCCUGGACUUAUUCGAGGUGGCCUUGGUGCAUAUGGGGAGAAAUUUUUGGGAUCAAGCUCUGAGUAUGUGCAAAGCAACAUUAGUAGGUACUUUUCUAAUCCCCAGUAUUAUUUUCAAGUAAAUGAUCAAUACGUGAGGAACAAGUUGAAGGUGGUUUUAUUCCCAUUCCUUCACAGAGGUCACUGGACACGAAUAAUGGAACCGGUGGGAGGAAGGCUCUCAUACAAACCCCCUAUUUAUGAUAUCAAUGCGCCGGACUUGUACAUCCCAUUCAUGGCUUUUGGCACCUAUGUUGUUCUUGCUGGCUUAUUGUUGGGACUUCAGGGCCAGUUUAGCCCAGAAGCAUUGCAAUGGUUGUUUGUCAAAGGAUUGCUUGGCUGGUCUCUGCAAGUAAUGUUGCUGAAAGUCACGUUGCUUUCUCUGGGUGGUGUCGAGCCACCUUUGCUGGACAUUGUGGCAUAUGCCGGGUACUCGUUCGCAGGGUUGUGCUUGGCUAUUAUUGGGAAAAUUAUCUUAAGAUACAUGUACUUUGUUAUGAUGCCAUUGGCCUGCUUGUGUAUGGGCAUUUUCUUGGUGAAGACGAUGAAGAGAGUCCUUUCUGCAGAGGUGAGAAGUUACGAUGCAAGUAGGCUGCACUACCUCUUGCUCUUCAUUGCUUUCGCACAGUUCCCACUUUUCUCAUGGCUUGGCAAUAUUAGUCUCAACUGGCUUUUCUGAACUGAAUCGUGUAAUUUUUUGAGUGGAAAGAGUCCGUUUGGUAGCAUUUUUUAUGAUUCUUGUACAGUUAA